AGCUGCCUCCCUUCCCCUCUUUGGGCUGCUGCUACUGCUCUUGCCUGGCCCUCGGCCUGGCCCUGGCCCUCCUUGCCUGGAUCGUCCCAAUGACCCUCAGCAGCCCCCUUAGGAGGGGCAAGAAAACUGGAUGGGCACCGAGGAGCACCUGGCCUUUCUCAGCACACCCCAGCAGGGAGGGAAUUGCAAACCCUCCAUCCCUGACACAAGCAGGAGCGGGGACUUUGUCUUGGCCGGCUGUGGGGCCCCCACGGAGGGAUCACCCGGAGUGCCGAGAGCUGACCCAGAGGCCUGUCGCUGAAGAAGAAGGCACUGGCGACCAGGGGAGAGGAGAACCAUCAGCGCCAGGCCACGCCCAAGGUGGGGCCAGGGACCACGACUCCAUCCGCAGACUGCUGUGUGAGAACCCGGCCUGCGCCUUGUGUGAACGGAUGGCCCUGGAGGCUGAGGAGGAGGCGUGCUUCUGGCUCUCGGCCCCGCGGCCACUCCCUGCUAGCUCGGACCUGGGGUGCUCCAGCCUGCCAGCCACGUCUGUGCAGAGGGACCUCUCCACCUGUCCACGGAACAGCAGCGCGGCCUCCCCUCACUGUGGCCGCUCCCAGAAGCAGGACCCGGGAGCCGGCCCCACUUCCAGGGAGGCACUCCACAUGGCUGGCUCCAGGCAGCAGAGGAGAGGGGUCUUAUUCCAGGCCCCUCAGCAGGCUGACUCCAUCUCCAGGGGGGGUGAUGCCGGACUCCGCGAUCCCCACCACCGCCAGGCUGGCUGCCACGGGAGGGAAUGCAGAGGCCGCUCUUUGGAGGGCCGUGGCGGUGAGGAAGCCUCCCUCAGCUCUUCUUCCAGCACAUCUGAAGUGACGCUCACUAGCUGGACACAUUACAGCCCCUCUCCUGGCCUGUCCGAGCCAUCCGCUCGUGGCCCCAGGGACCACGCCUGGGCCAGCCACCACAGAACCUCCCUCCAGCCAGAACACUAUGAAGGACACGUCCCUUCGGAGAACCAGGAGGAUGCCUGUCUGAGCAGCAGUUCUCUUCCUAAGCAAAGUGUGCACACCCCCCCUUCAUCUCGAAAGGCCUCACCUGCGAUGAAGGCCAGGCCUCUGCUGUCCAGGCCUGGAACAAGGCAGCCUCUGGGGCUCGUAUUUGUCGCCGUGGCCACCCCUUUUGUGACGGACUCUGCACGAGUGGCUGUGGAGUGGCAUUUGCUGGUGAAGAGGUUUCAAGAGGAUGGGGGGCUGCCCUGGGUUCUCCUCAGGUCACUCCGGGCCUUUUUGCCUCCAGCUCCAGAGUCCACUUUCCCGUGGCCCCCACGGGAAGACGCUGUGGUGGUGACAAGGGCUCGGGGACUCCCCUUGAUGAGUGGGGCAGCCAGGAGGAGGCUUGAGCAGCAUGUGAAGAGGAUGGUCCACCUGAAGCGCUGGGGGCUCCCAGGGGAAGUCCAAGAGGCCCUCCGGCACCUGAAGCCCGAUGCUCACCGCCCUGCUGCAGAGAGGGUGCCAGCAUCUCCUGCCAGGCGAGAGGGCCCAGGGGGAGGGAAGGCCACUCCGAGGGCUGGCAGGACGCGCCGGCAUGUGCUUCAUCUCACCUCCCCAGCUGGGGGAGACCUGGGCCUCAAAGCCACCCCGCAUGCCCAAGCCAAGCUCCAGACUCCUGUGGGGAAGAAGUCAGCUGAGAUCGGCCGGGGGCAAUUUCCUAACCUGGUGGCGAAUGCCCAGGAGACGAAUGCCCCGCAGGAGAGGGAAAUGCUCUUGCCCAAGCUGAUCCCACCACACAGGGGGCACCUUCAGUGCCGGAGUGGGCCCAGCCUGGGUCUCCAGAGGAAGGUGGACUCUGUGGAUAUGAACAUUAAGGGCAAAUACAUCAACUUUCUGUGGGACCUCCCUACACUGUACACCCAGUCUUUGGCUAAAAUAAUACCCAGUGCCCAUAAGCUGCCAACCACCCCACCUUGGACACAUCCCCCCUGUGAGUUCAGCCCCGUCGACAAGUCCUUUCUGGCAGCCUGUGAGUCACAGCCCCUGGAAUCGCACCUCCUCAGGAAGAGGGUCCAGCACCAGUGGGGCCUGCCCAGAUUGGCGCAGCGCUCCUGGCAGUGGUUCCUCCCACCCGCCCCGCCACACGCGCCCCCCCGCACGGUCUCCACGCUGAGUUUCGAGGUGCGAGUGGAGGUGUGCCCAGGCUGCGGCUCCCUGCCUUUCCUCCCCCCAGAGACCAAGGGCCAGCUGGAGGACCACAUCAAGAGCAAGCUGGCAGAGCGGCGCUGGGGCCUGCCCAGGCGGGUCUUGGAGUCUCUCCACACCUUCAGGCCACGCGCCCCACCACUGGCCAUGGAGCCCAGAGGCCACAAGAAGACCUCAGCAGCCCCUCAGGGGAAGACGGCGUCGAGGUGGCCUCUGGAUUCAGGGGGCGCCAUUCUCUCCGGGAGGAGGCGGCAGCAGCAGCCAAGACUGCAAAGGCACGUGGCCCAAAAGGCCCUUGAGAUCCAGCUGGAGCUGGUGGGCCCCGUGGUCCAGCUGUCUCAUGGAACGGACCACCAGGACCGGACACCCGAGCUUCCCAAAAGGGCCCCACUCAGGCUGGAAGCCCAGCGGCUGCGAUCUCUGGAGCUGCCCUUUGUGGAGCGGCCAGUCCGGGCUCGCAUUGAACUCAACAUCGUCCACAAAGACCUGACUCACCAGUGGGGGCUGCCCACGCUCUGCCACCAGUCCCACUCCUGCCUGCUGAAGGCGGCCACGCUUCAGGCACCGGCUCCCGCUUGGCCCGGAAGGGGCUCCCUCUUCAGCUUCACGGCAGAAGAGACCCCCUUCGUCGGGCAGGGGGUCCGGGCAGACUUGGAGUGGCACGUGAAGAGGAAGAGGCUGCAGCACGCCUGGGGGCUGCCCAGACUCAUCCAGAGGUCUCUCCACUCUUUCCUCCCAGCGCCCCCCCGCCGGCAGGCCUCGGGGCAGGGGCAGGGGCAGGUGGUGGUGCUCCUGGCAGGACCCCCCUGGCUCCACCCGGCCGCCAUCCAAGAUCUGGAGAGGAACGUGCUGCGAAGGGCUGCCCUGCAGCGCUGGCGCUUGCCCCGGAGGGUCCUGGAGUCCUUGAGGCAGCUGGGCCCAGCCUACGGGCUUUGGGGUGGGGGACACAGAUCGCCCUGCUGCCCUGGGCGGGCUGCCCCACGCCCACCUCUUUCUUCAAGGCAGCCUGGCAGGAUGGAGUCUGCUGCCCCACAGAAAGCUGCUCAACUCCUCCUUGCAUGGGGGCCCAAGUCCCGGGAGAAGCUGGAGCUCCACCUGGCCAAGAAGAGCAUGGAGGAGCAUCUGGGCCGCCCUCCCAGGCUGGCCCCUGGGCUCUCCCGGCCCUCUGCCCCAUUGCCGUUCCCCAAGCUGGUUCUCCACGGCCACAAAGCCCUGCAGCCUCGAGAAAGGGCCUUCUCUUUCCUCCAUACAGAACACAUGGAGCUGGCCGUGCUGCGCAGGCACCUGGCAUCUCUCGGGGGGCUGGGCACCAGGCAUGGGGGGGCUUGCAGCGGCCUGGCCCCCGGCCUCCCUGCUCAGCCGGUCCGCAGGCCCAGGAGGGCUCUCAUGGGCUUCUGGGAGAUGCGGACCUCCUUCUUCCGGCCAGAGGAGAGAGAGGCUUUGGAGCACCACCUGAGAGAGAAGAGGCUCCAUCAUGCCUGGGGGCUCCCAUUCCUCGUCCAGAGAUCGCUCAGGGGCUUUAUGGAGGAAGGGCCCAUCAAGCCUGCCCGGCAGAAGACGGCGCUUCACGUCCACAUCCUUCGGAAGGAGCCCUCUUUCCUCCCCCGGGACACCUGCAGCUGUCUGGAGCGCCACGUGCACAAGGUGAAGGUGCAGCGCCAGUGGGGCUUGCCCAGGAGGGUCCUGGAGUCCCUCCGUCUGCUGUGCCCUCAAGCAGUAGGCGCCGCAGGCAUGGAAUCGGGGCCCGAGAGCCCGAGGAGGAGGGAGGUGCUUCCCUGCCAGCUCCCGCUCAACCGCAGGCAGCCGUCUGAGGCCCUGGGGAAGAUCCGGCUCUGCCUGGCCAAGAAAUCCCUGGAGAUGCAGCUGGGCCUGCCCCCUGCCCCAGGGGCCCCAGCACCCUGCUCACCGAGGAGGCAGCCCCUCCCUCAGCUGAUCCCCCCCGGCCACCGCUUCCUGCAGCCCCGUCCCGGCUUCCUCCCCUUCGAGAGGACAGAAGACCUCGCCCAGAUGGAGCUGGCCGUGCAGCGCCGUCGCUUGGCCUCCCUCUGGGGGCUGGGCCCCCGCUACACAGAGGCCCUCGGGGGCAUGAUGCCCAAGCCGCUCUGGCCGCCUCUCAGGCCCAGAAGGGCCGCCGGCGUGGUCUUUUCGGAAGUGGAGCUGCGGUGCCUCCCGGAGCAGGCCCGGGAAGCCUUAGAGCGGCAUGUCAGGAGCAAGCGGCUGCAGCACGAGUGGGGCCUCCCGGGCCUGGUCCAGAGGUCGCUGACCCACUUGGUGCCCCAGGCUCCCACCCGGCAACCCCUCCCAAGGACCACCGGGUGUGUCCAGCCCAGGCAGCAGGAGCUGUCCUUCCUCCUCGUGGGCGAAAGGAAGGCCCUGAACCGACACUUGCAGCGCAUGAAGAUGGCUCGGCAAUGGAGUUUGCCCAGGAAAGUCCUCUCCUCCUUGAGACCGAUGGGGCCGGCACCGGGGGCAGCAGCCAGGGGAGGAAGCCCUCCGCAGCCUCUUCAUGCCCUGCCAGGAGGAAGCUGGAGGAAGCUCUCGGCAUCUUGGGCUUGGGAAGAACGGGGCGCCAGCAGGACCAAGGCUUCUCCUGCAGAGGGGUUGCAGCCGCUCCUCACCUUUGGGGCCCCGGCUCUAGAGAAGAUGCAGUUCCACCUCCUGAAGAAGUCUGUGGAGGGGCACAUGGACGUUUCCCCAGCUGCUGCCAGGCCCUCUUGGCCAGAAGAGGCCCAGUGGCCUCUGAGGCAGCAGCCCCUCCCGAAGCAGACCCCCCCUGGCUGCCGGGUCCCUCAGCCACGCAGCAGCUUCCUGCCCUUUGCACGGGCCGAGGAGGUGGGUCACCUGGAGCUGGCCAUCCUGCGCCGGCACUUGGGAUCCCUCUGGGGGCUGGGCAGGCGCUACGUGGGAGCGGCCAGGGCCAUGGAGCCCAAGGGCCACCCCUGCAGACCUCCAAGGCCGAGAGGAGCGGACGGUGUGGGAUUCUCCGAGAAGCGGACGCUGUUCCUCCAAGCCCAGGCCAGAGACGAUCUAGAGCAGCACCUCAGCAGGAAGAGGCUGCAGCAUGAAUGGGGCCUCCCCGGUCUCAUCCAGAGAUCCCUGAACGGCUUCACACCAAGGGCUCCCCCACACCCCAGCCCCCAGAAGGUGGAAACCCACGUCCAGGUUCUACUCCAGGAGCUAGGGUUCCUCCCCCGAAGUACUCACCGCCACUUGGAGUUCCAUCUCCAGAAGAUGCAGCUUCAGAGACAGUGGAGGCUGCCGCGGAGGGUCCUGGAGUCCACCAAGCGUCUCUGCCCUCACUUUGGGAGGGGCCUCUCUGAACCGCAAAGGGGUGGGGGCGAGGAAGGCCUUCCCCACUGGCCUGACUCCGGGAGGCCUCCCAUGUGCUCAGCGGUCAGUGUUGUGAACCCACAAGGAGGCCACUGGAGAAGUCCUGGACUGCUCUGGGCUGCCCCAGAGAGGCCUCCCGUUCUCUCUCUGCUGGAGCCCAAAGCCAUGGAGCGGAUUCGGUUCCACGGGGCCAAGAAGAGCACAGAGGUGCAGCUGGAGGCGCUUCCACCCAUUGCCAGCCUCUCUUGGGGGCAGGCGCACCACCCUUCGGAACGAUGCCUCCCCAAAGCGAUCCCUCCCGGUUGCAGGGAGCAGCAGCCCCGUCACGCCCACUCAGCACUCUUCCAGGCAAGGGAAGCUGAGCAGAUUGAGAUGGCCAUUUGCCGCAGCCACCUGGCAUCCCGGUGGGGGCUGGGAACACGCUACGUCGGGGCCCUGAAGCAGAUGGUGCCCAGGCUGCCCUCGGAACAUCUCAGGCCCAGGAGGACUGGCCCGAAGUUUUCAGAGGGACAGACUCUGUUCCUCAAGGAAGAGGAAAGAGAAGCCUUAGAAGGUCACGUCAAGAGGAAGAAGGUCCACCAUGAGUGGGGCUUGCCCGUUCUUGUCCAGAAGUCCCUGACGGGCUUCAUGCCUGGGUCUCCCCUCCUGCCUGCCCCUCAGAAGACCAAGGCUCACAUCCGCAUUCUGCAACAGGAGCUUCCUUUCCUUUCCCGGGAUGUCUUAAGCCGCUUAGAUUUCCACGUGCAGAAGAUGAUGCUCCAGCGGCAGUGGGGCUUGCCACGGAGGGUGUUGCAGUCCCUUCGGCUGCUGAGCCCAGGGCUUGGGACUGGCGUGCAUGGGCCAAAUGCAUCGAGGCGCCAUGAGCCAGUGUGGAGAAAUGUCCCUAGAGAGCCUAGCUCUGGAGCUUCCCCCAUAACGUGGCCUGUGGCAGCUGCAUUCACCAAGCAGAGGAGAGGAGCAAUCUGUGAAAUCCAAGGUGGACCUCAGCUGCUCUCCAGACUGGAGUCCAAGAUGCACCUUCACCUAGCCAGAAAGCAGAUGGAGGUCCAUUUGGGGGCUCCCCCAGCUGUGGCCAGGGCCUCUUGGCACCGCGCUCUUCUGGGUGCAGGACAGGCCCUUCCCAAAGCAGGCCUUGCUGUCCGGGCCCCACCACAACACCGUCGGAUCUCCCUGUCCUUUGUGCCCAUGGACAACAUGGGCCGGAUGGAGUUGGCUGUCCAGUGCAAUCAUUUUGCCUCCCGGUGGGGGCUGGGCACAAGGGAUGUGGUGGCCCCCGCUGGGAUGGGGCCCAGGCUACCGGCCCAGUUUUGCAUGGGCAGAGGAGCUGACAUUGAGUUCUCAGAGGUGCAGACCCCAUUCCUCUGGAAAGAGGACAGAGAAGCCUUAGAACUGCAUGUCAAGAAGAAGAGGAUCCAGCACACGUGGGGCUUCCCACGGCUUGUCCAGAGGUCACUGGUGGCCUUUGUGCCCAUGGCUCCUUCACUGCCCACCCACCCACUGGUAGAGAUCAACAUCCGUGUCCUGCUGCAAGAGCCACUGCUCCUGCCUGCGGCCACCUGGACCUUCCUGGAGCAGCAUAUUCAGAGGCUGAAGUGUCAGCGGCAGUGGGGGCUGCCCAGGAGGGUCCUUGGUUCCUUAAAGCACUUCCUUCCUUCCUCCUCCCCAGCAAGGACUCUGCUUUCUCGGAGGGAGGCAUUUGCCACGGUUGGUGCACACACAAGGAAAGGAGAAAUGGUUCACCAGAGGAGGAAGAUGACUGGUGCCUUCUCCACGGGGCAGCAGAAUGCCAUGCAGACCCACCUGGGCAAGAAGCAUUUUGAGCUGCAACUAGAGGCGCCCCCCAGGCUGGUUAGACAGUCUCAGCACACCUCCAGCCGCUCAGAGAGGGGGCGCCUCCCCCUGCUGAUCUCCGCGGGCCAGAAGCCCCCUGCAGUCAGAGCGGAUCUCUCAUUGAUCGUGCCGCCAGACACAGCGAGUGAGUUGGAGUGGAACGUAAAGCGUAAGCACUUGGCCUCUGCGUGGGGUCUGCUGCGGGAGGCAUUGGUUAAGAUCCAUGCCCUGACCCCAACCCACCAGCGGAGGUUGGAGAGUCACAUCCAGCAGAGGGAGGAGCAGGAGACGCUGGAAGACCAUGUCAAGAAGAAGAGACUUCAGCACGAGUGGAACCUGCCCUCUGCUGUCCAGAGGUCACUUCAGGCUUUUGCACCAUCUCCCCUUGUGCUGAGCCAUCCUCCCCAAGUGGCAGAGCAGGAAAUUAGAAUCCGGGUGGAAGAGCCAACUUUCCUCCCCACACUGACCUGGAGGGACCUGGAGGACAGCAUGAAGAGGAUGAGAAUACGGCAGCAGUGGGGCCUCCCCAAGAGAAUCCAGGACUCUCUCAGCGCCUUCUCCCCUGCUGCCCCGGCAGUCAGAGGGCAGCUGCCCCACCAGGAAGAGGCCAGGCUUUCAAAAUGUAUGGGUGAGAGCCUCCCCGGACAUGGACCUGCUGGGGAGAGGAUUGCACCACAGAGUGCAAGUCCACUGCAGGAAACAAAGACAGGAGGAGUGCAGGUGACUGACCUCACCAUCUGUGACGACGAGGCCUGGGAUCUCCUGGAAGCCCACAUCCAACACAAGAGAACCAGUCAUCAGUGGUGCCAGCCGUUAAUCGUGCAGAAGUCCUUGGCAGCUUUUUAUCCACGGCCAACGAGUGUUCCAGAGGCCCCGGGGGGAGCUGGCAUCCUCAGCAAGGGCCCAGAGAUGGCAGCAGAAGGGGGUGCCACUGGAGUGAGUGGGGGAAGGGCCCAGGCCACCAAGGAAGCCAGUGCCAGUACCAAGGCCAAGCAGACGGGUGAGGAAAGGGUGGCUGGUGAUGGGAUCCCCCAGGAAGUGCAGGAGGAGGAAGGCGCUGCUCUCGAGAGCCCGCCAUCCUCAGAAGAAGCAAGCACUACUGACGAGGGACCACAAGCUCCCGAGGAAGUCAGCAGUGGGACUGAGACUUUACAGACAGCCGGAGAGAGGAGCACUGAGACAGAGACCUCUGAAGCCACAGAAGGAGCAAACCCCGUGGACAGCAGCCCACAGGCCACAGAAGCCACAGACAUUUCUUGGCCACACCCCACCUUUGAGAACCUUCAGGCCACAGAGCAUGUUGGCAUUGCUGGACCAGCAGGCGCAGAGCAUGUGACUUCUGAGAGACCACAUGGAGGGGGGGUCCUUACUGGUGAAGACCUGCAAGAUUCGGGAAAUGAGAAGGAGGCUCUUGUGAGUUCAUCGGAAUCCGAGGAGACGGACACUGCUUCUGAAGAAGGAAAUGGUGUGGCACCCAUGGCAAUGGAAGAGAGAGCUGCUGGUGAAGCCCCACACACCACAGAGGAAGAAGCCAGCAUGGAUGGCGAGAGUUCACAGACGGUGGAAGAGGUGGCCACGAGCAGUGAGUCCUCACGAGACACAGAAGAAGCCAGCAUUGCUGGAUCGCAGACCACAGAAAAAUGUAACAUAUUUUUAUACCGCCCAAAACGUACGUCUCUGGGUGGUUUACAACAAAACAGAAAAAGUAAAACAUUAGUUAAAACAAAAACAAAAUGUUUAAAAAUUUACAGCAAUUUACAAUUUUUAAAACAAUAUUUUAAAACAGAAUUAAAACCAUCUGCGGUGAAUCUCUGGAGCAGCAGGCCUAGGCAGGCCACCAGACCACUGAUGAAGUGGCAAGAGAGGCUUCAAUCCGAAGACGAGGGUGCAGAGAGUGAGUCUGAGGGCGGCGGCGGCAGCAGCAACAUUGCCCUGGCCUCCAAGGAUGUUUUUCCAACCUGGUCUGGCCACUCCUUCACACAGUGCCCACUCCCUGUGGAAGACCAGUCCCAGUUCAGCACAGAAAAGUUCAGGCUGGAACGGGCCCUGGAGGUCUCCUCAUCCAACCCCCUGCUCAGUGCCGGGAACUGCUCCGGCAUCCCUGACAGACGGCUGCUCAGCCUCUGUUUGGAAACCUCCGGAGAAGGAGAGCCCCCCAGCAGACUCUUCCUGUGUCUAAGAGCUCUUACCAUGAGAAAAGUUCCUUCUUCUCAUGUCCAGCCUAAACCUGCUUCCGGCUUGGCUCUGAUCCUGCCCUCAGCAGCAGCUGGGGACAAGGCGGCCUCUUCUUCUACGCAGCAGCCUUUUGGAUACUGA